GGACAUAGGGACAACCCCUAGACCGGCGGAAACGGAAAGCUUCGAUCAGGCUGUGUUACUGGAAUUCCCAUACCAGAAAUAUCACCUCUAUUCCUAAAUACCGAGGAUCAGGAAUAUUGUCGAUCAUCAGUACCCCCAAUAAGAACCCAAGUCUUGUCCCUUGGGGCAGGUGCACGUCUGCAAGAAUGGAGCAAGUAACAAAAGAUGGCCUUACGAAGCGUAUCGGGAGCAAGGUGUCCCUUGCUAUUCUGGACGACCAAGAAAACGAUACGAAAAGCCCGUCUUUGCCUCUGGGUGGUAGAUCCCGAACGUCUAUUCAAAGCUGGCAACCACAAAAUGGUAUGCCUUUAGAGAAGCAAGGGAGGCCAACGGCUCUCAUGGGUCCCCUUUGGAUCUAUCGAUGGUGUGCAGGGACAAUAAUUGCCGUCAUCUUGAUUAUCGCCAACUCCACCGGCUUCGUAUUGCCUGUAUCUGCUCAUUCCGGCGAGUGGAUUGUAAUCGUACUGACCGAGAUUUCCGUGCUGCUGUAUUCAUCCUUGCCUAAUCGGUUGGUGGAUCAAUCCAUUAGAUGUUGGUCUGGGCGGAGGAUAUCAGUUGGCAAAGGCAGCUUAACAGUGGUGGGUUAUCUGCACACCGGUGUGCUACAACGGUCCUCGUUCCUGUCGUCGCUAUCAUAUCGUAGUGAACUACGGAAGAAGUUGACAUACAUUGCAUGGCUGCAGAUUCUACUGGAGUCGCUUCACGUACUUGCCAUAGUAGCAGGAGUUGGUGCUAACUUGCAGGACUCCGUUGACGUCAGAACCAGCGUCUGCUACAUCCCAGCAGUGGACGGGUCUCCAAGGGGCAUUACAAGGAUACCUGGGUACGAAUAUGCCACUGGAGCAACGGAGUAUACCACAAGCACAGCCAUGGGCCACACGAGAGUGGACGGGUAUCCUUUCUCAGUUGGUGUAAUUGGUCCCACGCUUACAGGCUUCGGCGCAGACUACGUUGUCCACGGUACAUCUCUUUUGAUGUCCGUGAAUUCCACUUGCUUUUGCGGAGCUGGAACUGCGAGUGAAUGGAGGAAUCUUUAUGCCGAUGCCCAGCUCGAAGCAGGUCCUAUUGCGUUGCCCAACGUAAACCUGCACGUUGAGGGAGGAGUUACAUUGGCUACUGUACCGCAACCCAUGGCGGAAGGGCUUUAUAUACUCAACCAGGAGCUUUACGAUGGAGAUUUGUGCGGUGGCAGUAUCAGUCGACUCAUGUGUGCCGUUAAAGCAGAGAUAACAGUCGGACAAGCUGCCAUUCAGUACAGCGCCAGUAGCAACGGAAUAUCCCCCGCAGUAGUUGGCGUUGGUGAGAUAACGGAUACAGGAAUACCAGUCGUGCCGAACGACGACUUCGUUGUGGUGCUAUCUGAUUGGUACACAACGAUGAAUGACACAAAGCCUCUGAGCAGAACUGCCCCCAACGCGGUACCGCCCCUUCUAUCAUGGUUGUCCAGCAGCGACGGAGGCCUGUCACUCAGCUUGGGUGAGCCCGGGAUGGAUAUGCUGAACAUAAUGCUGAUGAAACAAGCACUGUCUAUCACCGGGGCUGUGGCAGUCAGUACAUGCACCGUGACAACUUCUGGUUCUGGUAGUGCAGUUCUGCUAGGGAAAUCAAGCAUCGUUAUCCUGGCUACCCUAGGCAUAGCAACCCUGACCUGUGGUAUGGGACUUUACUUUAUGGCGUAUCAAGAUGACAAAGUGCCUUCACGAUUGGCAUUAUGCAGUCGUGUCCACUUUGAUCUGGCGGCGAUGAUACAGGUGUCGAGCCAAUCGGACCACUUGCGAUUGAAGCUGGCGAAUAUGUGCAAUGCCGAGUCACCAGACAUAUGGAAUGCUUUAGACCAUCAUUCCUCAAUUGGAGAGACUAUCCAUACUCUCGACGAUGAAGUGGGGCACAUCACCGUCGGAACAGCGAAAACCAUUAGACCACUUCAGUUUGGACGGCGGUAUGCGGGUGGUCCGAAGGCCCACCGAAUAUAACUCUUUAAGUGUAUGGUUUUACGGUAAUAUAUAUCUAAAAAUUUAAAGGGG